AUGUCCUUCCAAGAUCAAACUUCCAGCACCCGUUAUCAGUCGUCACCACACAUUCGUCCGACAGUCUUUACACGCGGGUCCAAGCUCAAGAAAGAGGAUGUUUCGAUGGUGCGGCACGUGCAGGAGAUGAUGGAGAUACUACCCGAUCAGCUUGUCCGCGAGAUACUUAAUGCACCAGGAAUGCAAAACCUCCUUGCCAAACAACAAGAAGCGGAGCAAGCAGAAAUUCCAUCGGGCUCCGAUGGAGUCGCUGUUACUAAGGUCGAACAAAUCGUGACAGUUCGCAUGCAUAGAUAUGUUAAUGACUGUCUUGGCCAAAAGAUAAAGGAAGCUUUCAAGUCGCUCGUCCGCCAACGUCUCGAUCGCCUCGUCCAAGAUCAAUUGCCCUUAGCUGCUAAUUUGUUCCUCAAUGGUGCCGUCGAAGGCUAUCGCGAUCAGUUCUACGAGGACUGCAAGAUGAAUGAAGCUAGCCUUCUUAAGAUGGUUGACGAGGGUCGCACUCAGCUGCAAGACACAGCGAACGAGUGUACAACAGAGAUUAAAGACUUAAUACAGGAUCAAAUCGACGAACUCGAGUCUUGGAGCGAUAAGCUUAAAGCCUCUGUCGGGGAGCAACUCGCUUGUCUCGGUUACUGGUCUAAUGAGUUUGCUAGAUCGAAUGCGAAGAAGAUGCAUGCCAUGAAGUCCACAGCAAGAUGCAAGUCUGUAUAG